AUGUUCCUCAAAAGCUUCAAAUAUGCUGCCAUCUGGGCACUUCAAGCCCUAUUUUUCCUUGUACCUAGCAUCAAAUGUGAUACUGGUGACCUGACACGAUAUGUCGAUUUAUUCAUUGGAACCGAAGGAAGCGUUGCUGGUACUUCCUACAAUGGCGGAAAUGUUUUCCCCGGAGCAGCUCAUGACGUGGAUGUGAAGAGAAAAGUCGACGUCAAUGCAGGAUACUCACCCGAUGGCAACAUUUCCGCUAUAUCCUUCUUACAUGAAAGUGGUACAGGAGGCGCACCCAAAUACGGAGUUAUUUCUCAGAUGCCUCUCUCAACACUUGAGGGGGUUAAUGUAGCUGACAACAAGACAUAUUCGCAGCCUAGAGUUGGCAAAGACUUCGCAUCUGUGGGGUAUUAUAAAACUAAGCUCCAAAAUGGGAUCACGGCAGAGAUGUCUGCUACAGACCAUGCUGGGAUUCUACAAUAUAAUUAUCCUCCAUCUGCAGGCAAAUUCGUCUUGGUUGAUCUAAGCCACUAUCUACCCACACAUGGUGAGCCAAAUGCAAACCAAAUGACGGCGGGCAGAGAUAUACCGGCUACGGGAUUUAUCGAGGAGGAUGGAACGAAGGUAUUUGUAUUACUCCGGCUAUCCUCUAACUCGGCAGCUAAUCAAGAACCAGGUCCAAAUUUCCAAGUAUUUAUGUGUGCGGAGUUUAGUAUUGCUCCAUCUUCUACUAAAACAUGGCGUGCCCCAUAUUCUGACCCAUAUGAUGUGGUCAGGGGAGAAGCUAGGUUAUCUAGCCAGCAAACAAUUAUUGGCGGAAGGGAAGGGUACCAGUACGCAGAUAGGGUGGGAGCUGUCUUCGAAUUUCCAUCAAACACGACAACCGUAAAAUCAAAGGUUGGCAUGUCUUUCAUUUCAACAGAGAAAGCUUGCCAGUUCAUGGAUGAGAUUCGAUCUUGGGAUCUAAACGAUACCGUAAAUGAUGCAAAGAACCGAUGGAACACUGAAGUCUUGAGCAAAGUGACGACAUCAGAUACCAAUACAACAAGACUGACGAUGUUAUAUUCCGCUCUAUACCGUUCUCAUCUACUUCCCAGCAACAGGACAGGCGAAAACCCGCACUGGGAGUCAACAGAGCCGUAUUAUGACGACUAUUAUGCGAUAUGGGACACGUUCAGAUGUCUAAACAGCUUUUAUUUAUUAACAGAGCCCCAACGCGUGGCAGAAACUAUCCGUUCUUUAAUAGAUAUAUGGAGAUAUGAGCGAUUCAUGCCUGAUGGUAGAUGUGGUAAUGCAAACGGAAGGGUUCAAGGAGGAAGCAAUGCAGACAACAUCCUCUCAGAUGCGUACGUUAAAGGUUUGCAAAAGGGUAUCAACUGGACGGACGGUUAUUUGGCAAUGAAGACUGAUGCUGAGGUGGUUCCGUACAACAAUUUUGACACUGCCGACCCCACCGGUUCGACCAAGGAAGGACGAGGUGCCCUUCCAGAUUGGCUUGAGUACGGAUAUGUGACCCCCAACUUUGGCCGAUCUAUCAGCCGGACAGUCGAAUACUCCUUGAAUGAUUUCGCCUUGAGCCAGGUUGCAAAGGAUCUCGCACCGGAAGACUACGAUAAAUACCUAAAUAGGAGUGCCGGAUGGCAACGCAUCUGGCACAAGGAUAUUAACAGUCUUAAUUUCACAGGGUUUCUAGCACCGACUUGGCCAAAUGGGUCUGUGACGCCGGGCUAUGACCCUCUCGACUGCGGAGAGUGUGAAUGGAGCUCUCACAGCUACGAGGCAUUACCGAUAGAGUAUGGGUGGACAGUUCCGUUCGAUAUGGAGACCCUGAUUGAACUGAUGGGAGGCACCACGUUAUUCAACCCGGGGAACGAACCGAGCUUCUUCACCCCAUUCCUGUACAAUUAUCUUCCAAGACGGCAGUGGAAAUCUGUACUUCGCCUCCGAGACACGGUCAAUUCGUAUUAUAGUACUCUACCGUCUGGACUUCCAGGGAAUAGCGAUGCGGGUGCAAUCGACAGCUGGCUGAUAUGGAACUUCUUGGGCCUGUACCCAGUAGUAACACAACCAGUCUACCUGCUCUCAAGCCCAUGGUUCAGCAAUGUUUCCGUAUCCGUAGGCGACAAUUCAAGGCUCAUAAUCACAGCAGAAAACCUCAGCGAGAAGAGCUACUUUGUCCAGAGCGUCAGGGUCAACGGAAAGGCAUGGACGAAGAGCUGGAUUGGUCAUGACGAUAUCAAGGACGGCGGGACCAUUGAGUUUGUAUUAGGCUCUGAUAUGACGAGCUGGGACACAGGAGAGCUUCCGCCCAGCCCUGGCCAUGUAGACUUGGAUUUCCAGAGACAAUGA